AUGAGGACAACCAGGUCUGGAGGCAAGAAGGCUCCGCAACCUAAAAAGGAUGCAGCGGCCUCCACAGAGUCAGCAGAGGAGACUCCGGAGACGGCCGCGGUUGCAGCCCCUAAACCAAUGCUGAGGUCUGGCCCAGGAAAGAAAGGGCCGAAAAGGACGGGGAAGCAGUCGACUCCCACAGCAGCUGCAUCUGCCGCUGCCGCUGCUGCCCCUAUAGUUGCCGAUGUUCCUAAUCCAGUCCCCGUUGCAACUAUUCCAAUCAAUGUGGUACCUCCUGCAGUGGCAACUCCAGGCACAAAGGCGGAACUGAAUGGUAUGCUGUAAAAUCGCAUAAUGGGGAACAAACGAAGCCCUAGUUUCUGAUUUGGUGAUUUUACUGGACAUUCUUUUAUAAUAGUUCCGUUCUUGCUUGCAGAGGAAGAAGCAGGAAGCCGUUCUGCUGGUGUGGAGCCGGCGGUCAUAGCAAAGCUCCCUGAAACCGUGUUACCUGGUGAGAUCAACUCAUCUCUGCCCUCUUCCACCAAGGCAGCGGGGGAAGAGGCACGGGUGAUGGAACCAGAGGAGGCCGUGGUCGAAUUAUACCCGAAGACUGAGGAUCUGGAGAUAGAUGGCACUUCAGUAGCCUCGCAUAAACAGGAAAAUUCUGCUGUCCCAAUCAAAAGUGAGGAGGAACAAAAAUCUGUUACAUCGAGUGAAGAAGGGGAGACGGAGAAACCUUCUCUUCUGGAGAAUGAGAUGCCAUCAGAGAAUAUAAAGCUAGAGAAAGGAGAAGGUAAAGCGGGGCCCAAGGUAGAGACUGGAGCUGGCAAGUCUCUUAUAUGCAAGGAAGAGGAUUUCUCUGAGAAUGUUGUGGCUUCAGAAGAGGGAGAUUAUAUGGAAGAAGAUUUUGGGAAACAGGAGGGAUUUCACGAACCAGGAGAAGGAGAAGUUCCAAGGGAGGAGGAGGGGGAAGGUGUGGGAGAGGGAGAAGCUGGUUCAUUUGAAGAGGAGGAGCAGAGCAAGAUGUCCGAUAUGAUAAAUGAGAGGAGGAAGAAAAAGGAGCUGGAAAUAUUUGUUGGUGGAUUGGACCGUGAUGCCACCGAAGAGGAUGUAAGGAAGGCAUUUGAGAAUAUCGGAAUAGUUGAGGAUAUUCGGCUUCACUGGGAUUUCAACACCAACAAGAACAGGGGCUUUGCCUUUGUGAGGUUUGCAGAAAAGGAGCACGUCAGGAGAGCACUAUCUGAGCUAAGAAAUCCUAUGGUAACAUACUUACCCUUUACUAUGAUAAAGGACUUUAACCCGACCCAAUGGAAUAAAUAAAGAUCUCCAGCGGUUUAAAGAUUGUUCUGUUUCAUACCUCGAAUAAAUAAUAACUUGUUAUUCCCUGCUUAAUUCUUCCAAGACAGUCCAGAUGCGAAUCAAAGUAUUUGAUUUCUGAAUGACAUGUAUAGGAUCUUUUGGCUUAUUUUCCUGCUCCUGUCUUCUGAGAAAGAGUGACAAAUUUUAUCUAUCUCGAUUUCAAUGGAAAAAGUUGUAACUUAGGAAUUUGUAUGCAUGAUAGAUCUGUUGAUAUUGGCACAUCGAAUUCCUUGGCAGAUAUGUGGAAAGAGGUGCGGCAUUGCGCCAAAUGAGGACAAUGAUACGCUCUUCUUAGGGAACAUCUGCAAUACAUGGACGAAGGAAGCUGUAUGUUUAUGCUUCCUUUGCUUCUUCAUUGACUGGUGUAAUUUGGCUCUAAUUCUACAAUAGUCAUGCUACAUCUUCAGAUCAAACGACGGCUGAAGGAAUAUGGUGUUGAUGAAGUUGAGAACAUUACUCUUGUUGAAGACACCCAAAACGAAGGACGUAGUAGGGGCUUUGCAUUUGUGGAAUUUUCAUGCCAUGAACAUGCUAUGAAUGCUUACAAAAGGCUCCAAAAGCCAGAUGUUGUCUUUGGGCACUCUGAAUGGACUGCGAAAGUGGCUUUUGCUGAACCAAUACGUGAGCCAGAUGCAGAAGUUAUGGCCCAGGUUUAAAUUGUUGUUUAACUGUAUUUUCCAUACUGACGCUACUGAUUUGUUGCCUCAAGAUCUAGUUUUUAAUAUUCCAUACAGGUUAAGUCUGUGUUCAUUGAUGGGAUGCCCCCAUACUGGGAUGAGGAACGUGUGAAAGAGCGUUUUAAAACUUAUGGAGAAAUCGAGCGUGUUGUACUGGCUCGGAAUAUGCCAAACGCUAGGAGGAAAGACUUUGGUUUUGUCAACUUCACAACUCAUGAAGAAGCUGUAGCAUGUGUUGAAGCCGUAAAUAAUACUGACUUGGGUGAUGGCAAAUCCAUGGUAAUAUGGCAUUUAACCUUGGAUAAGUGCUUUGUUUUUGUCACCCAUUUAAUUUAUUGUAGCUUGUUCUACGUUUUUUUCGCAUAGAUAGCUUGUCCUUAGUAAAACUAGUCUUUGGUGUUAAUAAAAUCUGAUAUGCAAUUUAUUUAUAAUUCUUAUUGUUCCCGUGUUUGAAAAGUCGUGGACUUCCAUUUACAGUGUUAUCCUUCGUUUAAUGCUUGACCAGAAAUGGGGUACUCUUGUGCUACAAACAAGCUGGGGUAGAUUGUCUCUGAAUAGCAGAGACCUUGAGCAAAAGAAGACGCAAUACUUUAGCUGCAAUAUAUAUUGCAUCAUGCUGUUAUCAUCACCCAAAUCAUUUUGACAACCAAGACGAUUUCCGUCGCAUUUAGGGAAUAACGCAUAUCAUUCUAAAACAAAUGCUGUCAUGCUCAUAAUACUCCUAGCCGAUUGAUGUCUUUUGGGAAGGUGUUCUGCUCCACAAUUAUUUUCUUUGGGCACCAAAAUGAGUAAGAAUUAACCUGAAAUUACAUGGACACGUUGGUUGAUUCUGUGAGAGUAUGAUCAAAUGUUCCUCAGAUCGACUGGUUUUAGGGCAGCAUUGCUUUUAUUGGAGGAACACUAUGGGAGGAUAGCUCACUAACGGAAGGGUAGAGGAAGAAGAUCAGGGGACCUUAUCUGGUUUCUGUGUAACAAGAUAUAUACAUAUGUGGUAACGUUUCAAAGGUACCAUUAGUUAUCAAAGCCACCCCAGGUAGAAUGGCGUCUAUUCUUGCGCAUAUUCUGUUUUUUUUUUCUUCUACAAAGACAUAAAUUCUGUGUUUAUUGAACUCCUUUAACAUAAUUUUUUAAAAACUUGCUCAGCUAAUACUAGCAUGCUAGCAUUUGAAAUUCGUUGCACAAUAGUUUUCAAAAAUAUGCCAGAUCAAGUCGUAUAUACUCACGAGGCACAUGGCUGCUUUUUUAUUAUUGGUGUCAUCAUCAUAUGGGAAGAUCUAUCCCUACUUUUUAUUUUUCAUGUUUUGGGUUCUUCAAAAUUUUCUGUGGUCACCUUGCUACUUUUUCCUUAGAAAGUAGAAAGACACAAUUUGCUAUUGUACAUUCUCUUUUUGCUAAUCUGAUGAUAAUGUCCUACCGUCUGCUGUCAAAACGUAAAAUGGAGUCCGCUGGUUGAUGAUGUUCUUAUUGAGUAUAAAUAUUCUUUUAAGUUUAUCCCCCUUGCAUUGGCUUUAGCCUUGUAUCUCGAGAGUCUUCAUUCCUCUCUUUAAUUGAUUAUACUUCUAUCUGAAUGGCAUGGUAAUUUUACUAGAUGAAAGCACGGGCAAGACUUGCCAAUCCAUUACCUAGGACACAGGCGGUCAAAGGUGGAAUACGUGGGGGAUUUCGGAUUGGCCAUCCUGGUUUUGGUUCUUCAGGUUUUGGUAAUUUUGGCUGCUGGAGCACUGAUCACACAAAUUAAUCUCGCCUUCUCUUCUGAUUAUCCUUAUACUCUUGUUUUCCAUCAGGUAGAGGAUUUGGCCGGGGAAGGCUUCCUUUCAUGCGUGGAGGUUUCCAAGGUGCCAGGGGCUCUCAUUUUCGUGGACGUGGUCGCGGCCGAGUUGGAAGAUUCUCCUUCCCACCUGACAACUACAUUGAGGGCUCUCAUUUUGAGUUUCAUGGGGGGCGGUCGUUUGCACGAGGUAGUGAUGUUAUUUUUGGCCUUAACAAUUCUUUCAGGUUUAUCUGGUGAUCUGUUUCAGAGGCCUGAAAUUUAAUUAGUUUGCUAGGUUUUUUGCUUUUCUCUUUCACCUCAUAUUUGAUCACUAUGCAAGGAGGAUCCGAUCAUGUUGUGUACUUACUAGGGAAUCUGUGAUGAAUUUCUCCAGGCCAUGAAAUUGACAGGUCUAGACGUGGGGGAUUUGAUGGCGGCCAUGCUAGGCCUUUUCAGAUGA